GUCCUCUCUCAACUGCCGAAAACAUCGCCGGAGAAUCAAACAUUGAGCCUAAAGGUCGCCGGGAAAUCAGCGCAAAAGUCCCUGAAAAAUAAAAACGUUGCCGGAAAGCUGAAGAAAGUGCUCUGCAUAUUUAUCCUUUAAUAACUCUGUUCUUCUGGGUGAAGAGGAUGGUUUUCUUCUGUUUUUUAGUGGACCAGAAGAAGAUGGUGAGGAGAAGUAAACCAGCGGCUGGAAGUUGUUCACGAUGCAGAGGAGGAGCAAGCGUCGCCGAUAUGAGAACAGACACUAGGUUUUGCUCUGUGCCCUUCUAUCGGAGAAAAUGGAAGGCUAUAAUCUGUACAUUUUGUGGAGCAAUGCUCAAGUCUUACAGAUGAGCCAGCUAACUUCGAUGAUAUCGGAUUCUUCAUGCUUCUGAUUUAGAAAAUGGAAUAGUAUAUGUGACCCUUUUGUUUUGAUCAUUACUCUCUGUGACAUAGGAUGGUGAUGAAAUUUAGGUUCUCUCUUUGUAACUUUGAUAGUAUAUCGACUAUCAGAAAUAUUGAAGCUAUUCUAGAGAAUCCGGCAUAUAUUUGUUGAUGAGAAUUACAUAAUCCAUGGAUUUUUAUUGCAUUC